GAACGGAUCUCGAGACUCUGAAAUCGCCAUCGAUGCAUACCAGCCGCAUCAUCUGUUGAAUAGAGACGGCUUCCCUCAUGAGCAGGUGCACGGUUUCAGAAUGUCUCUUUGGUUUGAGCACAUGGGAAGACUUGAGAACUGCUUCUUGAGCUCGGAGUCUUUGGAGUGCGUACAGACCGUCAACUCCAUUGCAGAUGAGUUGUGGGCGUACUACUACACGCAGGAGGAGCCAGUAGAUUUGUCGGGACACCUUCUACCCUUCCCCGUCGCUGUCACCCACGAAGGAGAUGUCACGGAGUUGCCAGGCAUGACCUGCUUCCCAGACACUAAAGCUUCCAUUCUGGGAGCCUUGCAAGAAGCCAUGCUCCCAAUUCUGACCACUUAAGAGGGUGGUGGAUGUGUACUUUCAUCUGUUAUUACGUCUGCCCGACCGACUUUUGGUCGAAGUUGGCUGGCCGUGAAAGAUCUUCUACAGUCCGGGAACGAGUGUCACGAGCAAAACUUGCCAGUCUCUGUGCAUGCAUAAUCGGGACAACACUCGUCAGUGGUUACGUUUUAUCCCCAUCAACGACGACACUCUCUGCGAAGAACGUGAACGUUAAUCUGUGACUCUAUAAAAACCUGAAUGCUGUGGCCUAGCUGCGAACGGGAUCUGUUGCGUUGACAGGGAAGAGACUCACGGCGGAACAGAGGAGUAAGAAUGUCCUGAAAAACAAUUUUCUGCCUACUAGCUAGUCUAGAUGCUGUGUGUUUCACACUCCAUGCCCUGAACGAGGAACCGCCAUCAUUUUCAAGCAUGCUAAUCGCC